CCGUUAUCGAAUCAUAAGUUGAAAUCGAACAACAUAUCAUCACAUUAAGAUUAGUAAAUAGAGAAACCCUCCGACUUCGUCAGUCGUAACUAAUAUUAAUUUCAAUCUACGAGCUGAAGAGGGCUAGAUAAUUCUUCCAUGAGUUCCUUCGGCAGCCCAGGCGCCGGUCCAUAUACUGGGAAGCCUACCCCACCUCAGCGCGGAAGCUUCCCUUUAGAUCAUGAUGGCGAAUGCAAGGCCGUCAUGACCAAGUAUCUCUCAUGCAUCAAGAAGGUCAAAGGCGUCAAUGACGAGGAGUGCCGCAACCUCGCUAAAACAUAUUUAUCCUGCCGUAUGGACCGGAACCUUAUGGCGAAGGACGACUUUAAAAACUUGGGCUUUGCCUCGGAGACGGAUACACCCUCAAGUUCGGAAGCCCAGGGACGGUAGUACGGCGAAUGUUAUAGUUGGAACCUACCUACUCACCGGGUUUUACGGGAAGAAGCACCCAAGGCGCCUUUGUUCUAAUUACUGGGUAUAGAUUUUGGCCCCCCUUGUGCUACCGGCCACGGAUUUCUUUGCGGGCGGAAUGCCUAGUCGGCAGUAGUCUCGCUCUUUACUCAUAAGAACUAGAGGUCCUAAAACUAAGGACUCGAUUUAGGGUCCUACUGUAUCACAUACUAGGAGGCGUGCUGAACUUUCAAAUGGGAAUUAGCGAAAUUAUAGCCUAUAUCGUAAAUCAUUAAGUAUAUCCGAAAAUACCUAACCUCCGGAUCGAAUGUUCUUAUAACCAAACCUACCUAGGUACAUGCUCAAAUCUACAAUGUAAAUUACAUCGAACUUAUACUACUCACAUUACUUAUAUCUUGCGACCCUUAUCUCUUUUUGAAUACGUUCUAGUUGGCGCACUGUUUUUUAAUGCAUAGCUUCUGAUUCUCUCGUUGUUGUCAGUAAUUAAGCAUAUCCGACUUAUUCCCAGGAUUGGUUAAAGGUGAAAGGCACCGGCUCCGGUGCCGGGCUAGUUGCUUCCGAAUAUUGAACA